CUUGGUGCUCACUCAGGCGGAAAGGCAGGCUGGGACCUGGUCAUAGUCCCAUUAAAGAGCUGCAUGUCGAGUCCGGUUAAUUAGGGUCAAGCUACCUUUUAUGCAGUUUUUUUUCCAACUCCUGUGCGUUUAGUAGUCAUGAUUAAAUGAUUCAGCCCUGUCACUGCUGCCACAAUAAAGUGGUAGCCCUCCACCAUCCGCCCACAAAGUGGCAAAGAAUAAUUAUCAAGAAAUCCCCAAGGGGGCGAUGGAGCGCUAUGAAGAAGCGGCGGAUCUGCAGGAUCGCGCGGUCCCUCCAUCUCGUGGAAAAACUCCGGCGGCCAACCUGAAACACCCGGUAAAGGAAGCCGAAAAUUUCUCUAUCCCUUCGAGACCCAAGAUGGCCCGUGGCUCCUAGCUCAAGGUCUGGGUGUUGGGCCCGCACAUCCGACAUUAGGUCACUAAAUUUGGAUCAUCAUUUAAAGACUUGAAGUGAUCUUUUGAUGCUUUACUUUGCUCGUAACACAUCAUUAGCCUCUCCAUCUUUUUAAAAUCUGAACUUAAAACACAAGGGUGACUGGGAAUGUAAACAAAAAUAAGCUAUUUGUUUCCUGAUGGCUUUUAGUAUAUACUGACGGAUUGUCUGGGAUGGCAUCUGAGGCUGAGAAGACCCAUGCUUUACUCCAGUCUUGUAGCACUGAGUCUCUUAUUUCCAGCCUUGGUCUGGGGAUAUUUUGCCUAGUAGCCGAUAGACUUCUUCAGUUUUCGAUAAUUCAGCAAAAUGACUGGCUUCGAGCCCUCUCAGAUAACGCCGUACAUUGUGUGAUUGGCAUGUGGUUGUGGGCAAUUGUCAUUGGAGUCAAGAAGACAACUGACUUUGGAGAAAUCAUUUUAGCUGGAUUUUUAGCCUCUGUUAUUGAUGUAGACCACUUUUUUCUAGCUGGAUCUUUAUCUUUAAAGGCUGCUUUGACUCUUCCACGAAGACCUUUUCUUCACUGCUCUACUGUCAUACCAGUUGUGGUUCUGACCCUGAGGUUUACUAUGCACCUUUUCAAGCUCAAAGACUCAUGGUGCUUUCUUCCCUGGAUGUUAUUUAUAUCGUGGACCUCACAUCAUAUCCGAGAUGGAAUUCGUCACGGCCUGUGGAUAUGCCCAUUUGGAAAAACCUCUCCUUUGCCAUUCUGGCUUUAUGUCAUUAUCACCGCCUCUUUACCUCACAUCUGUUCGUUCGUUAUGUAUUUCACAGGGACCAGGCAAAUGAUGUCUUCAAAACAUGGGAUCCAUAUUGACGUCUGAGGUAACCGUAUGCCAGUCUUAGAGAAGCAGGUGGUUCCGAUAAUGAUAAUUAAGGGUGGCCGACAUUAUCAAGUGAAUUUUUAACAACAUAUUAAAUUUAUUAUUAUAGUUCCUGAAUCCUCUUGCUCAGGAGGCACAUACACUUUUUUUUUUUUAGGGCGCCUGGG